AUGCAUGCUAUACUUUUAAUAUGCCUUCUAUUUCUAAAAGCGGCGUGGCUGUUGAAUCUGAACAGAUUUUCGCCAAAGGAGCACGAGGUCGAAAUCGAGCUGAUUAACUGUAAGGGGCUAGAAAUGUGUGGCGGAGGCGUUUUCGUGCAAGGCAUCAAGGGGUAUUGCAACAGAAACAGACAAAAAUACUCGUCUUCCCCAGUGGCGAAGAUCCCCGUAUAUCUAAGCCCCGCAAGCUUUGAAAGAGAUUUUUUAGAGCUUUUGAAACCCCAUCUCGAGAAAAAUCGCAGCCCGCUCUUUCAUAUGUCCCAAGUCACGGGGGUUUUAGAGAACGCAGACAAACUAACCGGGGAACUCAACAAAGACACAAUGGGCCACUACAUGGGCCUUCUGCAGCUAAAGGAGGCGGUUUCUAAAAUUACGCGCACGCAUCUUCUUAUAACAGAAUACUCCCCCACGCAUCUACGCGGCAUAUUUUCCCUUCUCCACGCCAUGCAGCUUGACAUGUUUAUUUUGGUGAUGUGCAAGAACAGCAGCGAAGUCGCGCAGAUUGUCAUGUCAAAGGAAGCCGAAAAAGCAUUCUACAUUGCAGUGGCCAUACCGUACAUAAACGGGCUGCUGUCUGUAAUGGAACUUAAAAAAAGAAGUCCCAGCAGCCACAUGAAGCUGUAUCUAAGCUACUGCCACAACACCCACUACAUUCUGGAAAUUAUAGCGAUACUCUGCAUCAUGGGAACUCUAGGCUUCGCUGGGUGCGUGCUGUACUUUUUUUGGGUGUGUUCAGCGCCCAGAAGGCGCGCUCGAGAAAGAAUAAAGCCCUCCAAGCUGCAGCUCAUUCCAGUCAUGCGGUACUCAAAACUUGCGGAAAGAGCCGAGCUGGAGGCUUCGAGCAAAGAGUGCAUGAUAUGCCUUGAGGCAUUCGAGCCAGACUCUGUCUGCCGGAUGCUCCCGUGCAAGCACUUCUACCACAAACAGUGCAUCGACACUUGGCUGGUCAAGUAUGUAAACCGGUGUCCGUAUUGCCAGGCGAGGCCCAACCCAAAUCAAAUUCUCAGCCCGGGCUGA